GUUCCCCAACGUGACAAGUGACAGCACUGACAGGCGGCCUGUCCUAGGGGCGGAUACAAUUAAGUCCCGCUCCCUGCUAUCCUUCUUUCCGACUGCAGGGGCGGGCUGGUUUGUUGUGGGUACGCAGCAAGUGCGAUGUUUAAACAGCGAUGACCGGUCUUGUUAUACUUUAGUGUUAUCAACUGCUUCCAACUACCGAGUAACUCACCACUGCUGCCUGGACGGCUGUGGGCAUUAGUGGCAUACGUUCGUUAGUUUCUGAGCCUGAUGACUGGCACCUUCCGUUUAUAAUUAGAAGUAUUUGUAGAAAUUAAGGGCGAAAUAGACAGAAGUUAGUAAAGGGAUUUUACGUUAAACUGGAGAGUAAAGUAGAGAAAACAUAUUUAUUACAAUGCAGCUCUUGAAGCAUCUGCUUCUCAGCGCUUGUCUUCUGUUGGCAUCUGGAGAAAGACUGACAUCAUCACUCACUGAGACUGUAAGGCAUGUAUCUGUAUCUAGCAUAACAUCUAGCAGCCCACGACCAGCAAGUACAAGCAUUGCAGCUACAAGAGAACUACUAACUGUCAGCUCCCCAACUGCUGUAAGCACUGCAGCUCUGGCAGGGACAGAUACUCCAUACCUUUUUACAGCUGGUGUACCUAGAACUUCAGCUACAGUGCCAUCUACGGACAUCGACUAUGCAGAUACAACUGGGAGCAGCACAGUCACAGCAGAAUCACCCAAAAAUGCAACUGCAUCCUCAGCUUCCAACAGUACUUCUUCAUUUGCAUCUGAACUUGCAAACACUUCAGUGGUUACUAGUAAAUGGUCAACUGUCACUGCAACAACAACACAACUUGUAACAUCUGUAAACACAGCUGGAAAUAAUUCCUACAACACUAGUAUAUCUACAGAGAAACCAUUCACAUUGGCAAAUGGCACUGUAGUAUUCACACCAGUAAAUGCAACCACUGGGUCAACCGAAGCUGGAGUUGGCAUAACGACCACAGCUACAUCUUCUUUGACAGUUCUAGUACAUACCGCCUCUGCUACAUUCUCUCUGGCAGCUGAGAGAGUCAGCAGUGAAGUUCAGUCUGCAAUCACUGGAACACCAACUGAGAGCCUAGAAAAGCCUGAACAGAAGGCACUAAGUUCAGGAAGUAUAGCAGCUGUGACUGUGACAAUUAUUGUAGUAGUGCUGUUGAUAUUUGGUGGAGCUACUUACAUAAAAAUGAGUCGUUCCUCGUAUGGAAGGCUUUUGGAUGACCAAGACUAUGGCUCAUGGGGAAAUUAUAACAACCCUUUAUAUGAUGACUCUUAAGUGGACAUUCUUGGAGAUGCCAGGACUGCAAGUGUAAUCUCAUUCUGGACAAUUAAGCUAAUGACUCAAAUUGGACUUAACUUUUUUUUUUACCUCUCCGGCUCUCUGAUAUGGGAGGUAUAUUUUACAAAUAUUCCUCUGUGUAUGACAUAAGCUCUUGAAUAUCUGAAAAUAAACUAGACACAGCUGGUUAAAAGUGUCAGUUUUGUAACCAAAGUUUUAUGUGAAAAAAGCAAGCGUUACCAUCCAGAUGACAGAAUUGUAUUCAGACACUUGUAGUACUUGCUACUGAAAUAUGGCCAUGCUUUUCAUUUUAGCUUUAGACAAAGUUGCUAAUGAUGAUGUAUGCCAGGUACCCAUUUUGUAUUGAAAAAAAAUUCUCCCAUUUGGCUGGAUAAUUAAUGCCCAGUUUGUUUAUGUUUGUACUCAUUUUUUUCACUGAGAUUGCUGUCAUAUAUAAAGUGGCAUUUAGAGGCACAAGCCUCAUUAAUUUAUGGAUGGUAGUACUGUACAAUAUGCAAGGUACAGGAGACAGUAUGCCAUAUCAUUAGCAAGUACGGUUGUAUUUGUAAGGCUUAUCUUUUGACAAUAACUUUAUAUUUUUAUUUUAGUUCUUGCAGUCUUUUGCGCUAUUAUCAUUCUGUCAUUUACUGUGACACUAUUUAUUUUAUCACUGGGUGCAAUGCUUCAUUUUUUGUUUUUCUUUUAGUUGUUACAAAUUUAAGAUUUCUGGGUGCAAUGUUUCAUUUUUUUUUAGGUUGUUCCAAAUUUAAGAUUUAGUAUAUCUUGAUAAACCUGAGUGCUUGUGUUGAUAAUGUACAUUGUAUACUCCGUAGUGGAAUCCCACAAGACAGUUGCCUUAACUGGAUAUUUUCUGUAUGUCGAAGAAGUAAGGUAUAGACUCUAGAGUCAAAAUGCAGAAAUUAAUGUCAAAAUGUUCCCCUGGUAUGUGUGUGCAGAGAGCUCACACACACAGAGUGGAGAAGCAGAGCUUUACAAUACCACUUUAGUAACAACACUGACACAUCGCAUUAGCAGCUUGAUGGUUACUUGCACUGAAUCUUUAUAAAACAUUCUGAAUGCUGAACGUAAAUGACCAUAAAUGAGUGAGCAUAUUAGCAGCUAUCAACUGGUGUCUAAUCAGAGCUGUAGAGCACAAUCAACCUUUCACACAUGAGAGUGACUCGACACCUGGUUUUACCAGAGGAGCUCAACUGUAUGCAUUAAAAUGCAGUCUGAUGAAGAGCCACAAAUCUGUACAUAGUGGAUUCACUCAUUCAGCCUGUUGUAGACAGUCAGUGCUGAGUCUCAUAACUAAGAGUCAACAACUGAAUAGCACAAAUAGUACAACAGAAAAUGCUUAGGUGGGAAUCUCUUAUAGUUAGGAUUAAAAAAAACUGUUAACUGAAAGUGAUGGAACUUACUGCAGUACACAGUAAAAAAAGGUUGGCACAUCAUGAAGUUGCAGCAUUUUUAAGAGAUCAAAAUCCUAAUUUGCAAAAACAUCAUGAUUAAUUUAAUCACAGUAGUAAUUCACAUUUGUCUUUCGUGCAGUGAGAUGUUUCUUUUCUGUAAUAGCUCCCAAAUAAACUUUCUAGAAGCAUUUUUAUAAUUUAUUAUGUGGAAGGCAGAAACAUAGGUAGCUGAGCCAAGGUAUUUUUGAAUUUGACUAAGAAGCAGGUAAACAAUGCAUUUUAGCUGAUCAUCUAAUUCCCAGUCUUUUGUCACGUGUGCAUUCAGACACUGAUUCCACUGUAAUACACUAUGUUUAAUGCUAAUAAUAUAUGUCUGAAGUGGUUUAAUCACAGGCGUUUAGUGUAGAUGGGCAGAGUGCUGUGUUAUCGCUGAAAUAUUAGAAGGUAUAGAGUUAUGUAUUAAUAGUGGAGAUUGGGAACACAGAUUUCCACCUUUACACCUACACACACAUUAAACCUUUAGAUUAAUGUCAGAUAUUACUGUGCUGGUGUUUCAUGUUUCAGUGUUUGUGCACCUUAGCUGUUGGCAUAUUGAGCUUUGCAUUUAUAACUGUUGUAUGGCACAGGAAUGCAGAGUUAUUCACACUAAAAUGGAACACUGUCCAAACUUUGCCUCACAUUUUUCACUAGGCAUCAUCAGAAGUUUUCAGGUCUAGCAGAUACUACAUAACAUGUACAAUUAGUGACAUUUAAUUUCAGAGGAGAUUAAAGAAUCUGACUUGGUAUAUACUCCCUGGUUUGGAAGUAGUAGAUUAGUCAGUUGAAGUGUAAAUAUGGUCAUAAUGUUUGCUUCUGUAAGGAUACACACUUUUGAAAGGUGCCACUAAAAAUUAUUUUCUAGCUGAAGAAGAAGAAUUAAAGGAAUAAUGUUCACAUCGCAAGGGAGAGAAAUGAGACAGUUUCAAUGGUAAUUUUAGGAAAUGUUCUUUCACAGAGAAGGUGGUGGAUAGAUGGAUUUGACUAGUAACUGAAUGGAAAUUGACAAACUCUUGGGACAUAUAGCAUAAAAUACUGAAUUCUAUUAUUUAGCUAGGCACAAGCAUAAAACCUAGUGAUGUUAUACUUCUACUGACACAUUCAUAUCAUCCUUAUCAUUCAUUCAUUAUGGCCUACACUAGCUGUAGCAGUUUAUUUUGUUAAACACAGAAAAACUUCAGAACUUUACAUCUCAAUACUUUUGUAGAAAAAUAAUUCCAAACGUGAAAUGAGUGCUAGGAGUGGAAAACUUUUUCUGGUUAAGUUUUAUAUUAAUAUAAUCUCCUGAAUGAAUGGCCUUUUACUCACUAAACUUGUCUCUCUGUCCAUUAUGUUAUAUUUGUACGCAGCUUAAUGACUUCUGAAAGUCUCAGGUAGCAUGUGAAUGUCUAAAAAGGCUCAGUUUACUUAAGUACUGCCACACCAGUUUCUUUGUAAUUUGUCCAGUAAGUUGAUUUAUUUAUUUAUUUUGACAUUUGUUAACUGAGAUAAUCCAACUGGGUCCACAGUACCUGUUUUUAGUGGAGGCUCGAGGAGAAAAGCUCCACAAUGAGACAUUAAGGUACACAUUUUGACAUUUAGUUCCACAGCAGAGAUAGAUUAGCAUAUUUACAACACAGUGUUUUGUUAAGACUUACAUUGCACAUUUACAACACAGUGUUAAGACAUUACAUAAUACAUUACAAAUGGAAUGGAGUUAAAAUGUCUUAUUGCUUAGAGAUUUGAACAGCCAGUUGAAAUGGAGAAAUAGAGAAAGGCACACGAUUAACGACACAGUUUCUAGAUUUUUUUUUGUCAGCAGAAGGAAAUCACCUGGAGAAAAAUAUUGUAUUAACACUUGGAAAAGAAAUCAUACUUGCUUUCUAAAUUUGUGUUUCUUCUUUUGAAUAUUAAAGUGGAAUCACCUGACUCCACAACCAUCCAGCUCUGCUUCCAAUGGAACUUGCUGGAAAGUGAUAGGAUGCUACACGGAUAAACGGAUUGGUUUUAUAUGGAGUGUUAUUCUGAAGUACACUUUGAAGCAGACGACAGUGCAGAUAUCUGAGCUUGAGGACAUAGCUGUCAUAGUCUGAAAUACCACCAGAAUAAUUAGCCAAUGUUUGUGAGGUAACCUGAGAACAUGGAACAAGCUGGAGAACACAGAGAAAUGUGAAACCCUGAAUCUCAUCAACAAGCUGUCAAAAGGAACAGCAAAGGCUGUUAUUUCCAUUCUGUAGUAAAGUAUGUUUCCCUCUCUCUAUAUACAUGUUGUACAAACAUUUUAUAAGUAAAUAUUUUAAAGCAUUUAU